GCAGUUCCGGCUCGGGCGUAUUGGGAGUGCGGUGGUAUUGAGCAUGCGUUGGACUUUGUUUAAAACAAGUGGGAAUGGAUGUGUCCUAUAUGAUUGUUGUUGGCAGUUUCUUCGUUUUCCAGGUCCUAUUUCAUGUCGUCACUCCCCGUCUCUCCACUCUGCUCAGCUGGGGAUACAAGAACUUAUCUCAGGAACAAAAAACAGAAUGGGACUCAAGAUGCGUCUCCACGAUUCAUGCUCUUGUGGUUGGGGGAUUAGCUUUAUACAUCCUUUGGUUCGAUGACCCUGUCAACAGAGACCAUGUCUGGGGAGAUCCCACAUUAGUGAAGGUUAAUAUAGCAAUCGCUUCAGGCUACUUGAUGAAUGAUUUAGUGCUUCUCCUGCGGCACUGGAAGACUUUAGGAGACUGGUUUUUUGUCAGCCAUCACUUGGCAGCGCUCUAUGCAUACCAGUACGUGCUGGCACGAGGCCUCCUUCCUUAUUUUGCUAAUUUUCGCCUAAUUGCAGAGCUGUCUACACCCUUUGUAAACCAGCGUUUCUCUCAAGCGCCACUGGUGCCUUUCUCUGUUAUUCCAGAUUACAAGAACCCCAAAGACUUUUUUCCUCCUUGGAUCCCUGACAUGUGUCAGCAGCUCCUGGUUUUCCACCCUCAAAUUGAGGAAUUCAAAUGAUUUCCUCUCUCACUCUUUCCAUGUCUAUGCAUGUAUCUGUGUGUGGGAGAGUGGGAUGUGAGCAUUCUAGACCGUUGUGCAUUAGAGAGGUAUGUGUACUUGUGUGCUUCUGAGAGACAGCAAUGUGAUAUCAACCAGAUAAUCUGCUUUAGUAGUUAGUUGAAAGUUGAAUAUUGACGGACACCGGAAUAACUUGCUUGCUCUUCUUCAAAUAAUGCAGUGGGAUCUUUUACAUCUACCCGAGAGGGCAGGAA